AUGUCGAAAGCGGCUUUCCUGCGCCUUGGCCGGCAGGGAUGCGCGAGGGCUGAGUCUCAGAUCCACAUGACGCCCUCUGGUACCUCGGCCGCGCGCCUCUGCUCGUCUCCUGGCCACUCGUAUUCUGCCAUCUGCUGGACAGCAUAUGCCUCGUUCUCCCAGAGAGAGGACCCCUACGGUCCGCUGAACCUGUCUUAUGAAGGCCCCCACUCCCCGGGCCGAACUCUUAUCAGCGCCUUUGCCUCUCCCCCAAACAAGGGAAAGGCACGCGGAGAAGCUUCAAGAGAGUAG